AUGCACUGCUCUCACACCAGCGAAACCAACGUCCUCCUAUUCGGCCUACUACCUGACGAGUUUGAUAUCAUAUGCGACGAGCUUUCUACGUCGCCUCAACUCUCCGCAUGCCCGACGUUUAUUCCUGUAUGCCUCAUUGACAUGGUAAACGAGAUCAUCGAGCAUGACCUCGAGAGCGGCCGCAUCAGGACGCACAAUAUCAUGCUCGAGCUUGGCAUGGGCAAAUCGGGAAGUGAAGGCGUCUACGUCGAUUGUAGCCUCCAUCACUGCGACUUUGUGCCCAUUACACGUGCGCUAACUGGGCUGACGGCGAAUUUGGCGAAGUGUGAACUGGCUUGCGAAGCCCAUACACUUCUGCUAGAUCAGAUGGACAAGCAGCAUGAAAAGUGGCUCAAUGACCUGGACGACGAACAAAGACGUAGGAUCAGUAAGCAUGCAAGCACGCUGCAGAAACGGAGCAAUAACUUGAGAGAAUGGAUGCAGGCGAUGAAACCAAGAACAAAGUAUCUCACGCAGCGAUCGCAAGCAUACGUGUCAACGGUGUACAGUCUCAUGGCUCAGAAAGACAACGCUCUCAACAUGCAGACCGCCGAGGCCUCCCUCAAUCUUUCUCGAGCGAGCUUCAGAGACAGCGCCUCCAUGAUCGCUAUCGCCGAAGACUCCAAGCAAGUCGCGCUAGCUACGUCUAAGGACAGCUCUUCGAUGUUUAUCAUCUCCGCUCUGACUCUCAUCUUCCUUCCGCCGACGUUCACCGCUGUAUGUCGCCAUUCAUUAGCAUUGCACUCGUGUUCAUCACUGAUGGCGUAA